CCGGCUGCUAUUAGAGAAAGGGUGAAGUAUACUACCCGAGUGGAGUUUCCUGACAGGCUAUACUUCGGGUAGGAAAAACGUACUUCCGUAUAGAUAGGCGUUCCUUGGAUCUCGUGAUAAAGCGAAAUAAAACGUGCAAUUCGGUUAUUAUUCUCGUUGCAGAAGCUGACGGAACCACACUGAAGGUACAGAUUGUACGUUUUAAGUUUUUGAGACCUCUGUGUACCGUUAAAAUAACAAAUCCCAUUGUGUUUAUGCGGUUUACCGUAACGCCGGAUUGUAGAAGAGUGUGUCUUCCGUGUUUUUGUCAAACUUGUGAAUCACAGCUACUCUGUAAGAGUGUGAGACAAGAAGUCAUAUGAUUUUACAAUUUAUGCUGACCACUCUGAAUCACUCUUGUCUGAUGGUCUGAACUUCUCGUUUCCUUUUUCUUAAGGUAACACGAUAGGAAAGAAACAUGAACGUCCAGACUGGUUUCAUCGUUUUGCUCUGCUUAAUGGGAUUCACCUGUGCGGACCUGGUGAAAUUCAAGGACUGCGGUGAGUUUUCCAUCAUCUAUUGUAUGUUCAAGUCCAAUACUUAACCAUGAGAAUGAUGUUGUCGUUUUAAUAUCUGCUUGUUUAAGUUGGUUUUUCUUUUUUGCUUGCUUUGUGUCCACUGGAAAAUGUUUUGCGAGGAUACCCAAAUGGCUCAAAUUAAUGGACCAAUAUUCCACUCUUUUUUUUUUUUUUUUUUUUAUGUCAUAAAUUUGAAAUAAAUGAAGGAAAUGCAUCACACGUAUGUUUAGACCACUAAGAAGUAGUCACCAGCUUUUUUUGGAAUAAGGUUCUCCAAAUAUUACAAAUGAACACACAUUAUUCUAGACAUACACCUGCACAUAACUCCCUAAAGUGCUUAGAUUUGUCGUUUCUCAGUUUGUUCCUCACAUGGUAGGAAAGCUGAGUAAGUAAUUUUUGUUUCUCUACAACACCUCAAAGUUUGGAGACAAUUUUAAAAAGUGGUAAGAAACAAAGUAGAAAUUUAUGAGAUAUGACCUCUGGGUGAAGGAAGAAGCUGGAUACUGUGUUUUCUGUAAUGUAACUUAAGUGUCUUAAACUUCACUCUGGUUGUUGAAAGUAAUAAAGCUGGGUAGGGCCCUUGUGUCUAUUGUCUGUGUGUAUAUAUAUAUAAAAAAAGUUGAAAGCCCAUUUUAAACUCAGCAUAUUAGUCAUGGCUGUAUGACCUAUGAAAUGAGGAUUUAGUCAAAAUGACUGAGGAAUUUAAAAAAUGUGUGGUUAAUGAGAUUAUCCAGACUAAAUCCAGAAAUGAAUAAUCCCUUUUAAACAGUUUGACAUUGUAUUUGAUGUCAGUGACUUACCUUGUACCUCUGUAACUAGAACUAAAAUUGUGUAGUGUUCAGGCCAAUAAGAUAAGCAGCUACUUUGUAUUAAAGUAUUAAAAGUGAGUCAAUCUGCUUUCUAAGGCAGUGCCAACUUUUUCCCAACAAUUUCCAAGUUCAGUAUGAGAGAGAAGGGUGCUGUAAAUUUACUUUUAUUCAUUUAUUUUUUUACAAGAAAAGGGAAAAGAAAAGACUUUUUUAAUAAUGUGCGUGAUUCGUUGAGAUAGUUCUCCACCUGCAAAAAAAAGCGAGAGAAAGUGCCUCAGGGUUGUUGGGGGAAUGGGGGUAAAACGAUGACAUCAAUCAUACAACUCGGACUUCUUAUUUAUUUUUUAUUCCAUUUUAUUUGCCGUCAUCUUCAGUGAACUGUUAGCUUGGUAUUUGAUUUACCAAAGUAUGAAGCCUGGAGUGUGAUUGUAGUUGUCAUUUUGUGAUGUUUGUCAAUUUUUCCUUCUGUUUCUCCUCAGGCUCUGAAUCAGCCAAAGUAGCCAUGGUUGACAUCAACCCUUGCCCUGUGCAGCCAUGCCAGCUCAAAAAAGGACAGUCCUACAGUGUUAAUGUGACAUUCACAAGUGGUGAGAGCAUUUAUUUCUCCAAACUAGUUCUAACAAACUGAAGAGAAACAAGUGCAUUUUCUCAACUUUUUAUGUCACUAUCUUAUAAACAUGUAUUUUUGUCUCUGUGGUAGAUGUUCAGAGUCAGACAAGCACAGCACAGGUCCAUGGUGUUAUUGCUGGAGUUCCCAUCCCUUUCCCCAUUCCCAAUGAAGAUGGCUGCAAAUCUGGUAUCCAGUGUCCCAUCCAGCCAAAGCUAACAUAUCACUAUGUGAACGGUCUCCCUGUGAAAACUGAGUAUCCAGCAGUGAGUAUCUUAUGUGACAAUAAAAUUGUUCUGGUUUUGAGUACAGAUCAUUUACAUUUGUUUCAUCAUGGACUGAUUGGUUUAGAUAAUCUUAGAUCUGCAGUCGUGUCGCUGUUUUUAACUUUCCUAAGCCUUUUUCAAAAUUAGUUUAAGGGAGAGUCGUCACAUGUUAUUCAUUGUCCACUCUUCUGUUUUUCUAGAUAAAGCUGGUCGUGAAAUGGGAACUGAGAGACGACAACAAGAAGGACCUGUUCUGCAUCCUGUUCCCAGUGCAGAUUGUGAGCUAAAGGACGACAGUACCUCAGUUUGGUGUUGUAAUUUUAAAAAAAAGGGAUUCAGCUUUGAGUAAAACCAAAAGAGGAAUAUGACUUUGAAUAUCUCAUUUUAUUCAUUCAUCAAAUUGCAUUUUUAAGAUGUCUGCGACUAGUUUGCAAGACUUUGCUGCCUCAACACCUUAAGUCCUGCUAAAAAUGAACAAACAGCUGAUUUUUGCUGCACUCUUCCUUACAGUCAAUUAUAAAAGAGUUGUGGAUGUGAAAUGAUGAGGUUAGUGUUUCUGUGACUGACCCUGAACUACAUUCCUCUGCGGUGCAAAUGUCUUGUCUCACUGGCUGCUGUGUAGUCUGUAAAGGUUCAUGGUGUACCAAUGAAACUUUUGUAAUAUUUCUAACUGACUUUAUACCACUGUGAGACAUGUAGAUUUAAAUAAGAGGUGAAUUUAAUAAAGCUAACAAAUCAAUUAAUUCGCUUUGUGUAAUUGUGCAGUUUUCUCUGGAAGUGACACAUUGAUGAAUUCACUGCCUGAAUUGUAGUUAGAAUACACGCCCCCCACCUCCACCCUCCUUUGUUUUUUGUUUUUACAGAAAGCUUGUCAUGCUUUUUAAGUCUAAAUAUAUCCUCCUGAACCUCACAUUGGACCAAAGUGAACCAAAAAGUUUUCUCAUGAGGUCAAAAUAGACUGAGAUCUUUGAGACUUUACUUGUCAGAGCAAAAGCCACAGUAGGACUGAAAGCAGAUUUAACAACACAAAGUAUCAGAAUCAUAACCUGGUCACAUGCAACAUAAAGCAGCAUUUUUUAGGGGCUCUAAACAUAAAACCUUUCUAAUGUGUUAAAAAUGUUGGCAGACCAGUUAGAGAGCAGCCUCAUAAAGCACCCACAAACCUCCGUAAAUGCGCAUGUCUGAGGCAUUGUACGUGUUAGCAGCUUAAUGUGCUUGAGCAUUGAAUGGGCAUUGUCUGUAAGGUAUAUUAAACGUACAGUAAAAAAAUAUUUUCACAUAAUUGUCCAACAUUUUAAAAGACUGCAAUUUGGAGGGAGGAUAUUUCACCCAUGAUGUGGCAUGCAUAAUACUUUAGCCAAAGCAAAUUUGCACAAAAUGUGCAAAUAGUUGUUUCAUUCCAGCACUAGGAACCACACAGCAAAGUUUACCAACUCUUUAUCUUCCUUGAUAGCUAAUCGAAGGCAAAUACCAUGACGGGUAGUGUUUAACUUCCAGCAUGAACAAGAAUUUUCUUUUUAUGUAUGUGUCCGUAGUACACUAAAUCAACAUUGAUCUAUCAGAGACUGUAAGUAAGGAUGAUCUGAGACUUUGUUUGAAACCGAUUUUCUUUCACAUCCUCAAUUUAACCCAAACAUCAGUCUUCCUGUGCAGACUGAGGUCUUAAGAAGCACCAUCACCUCAGAGAAGUGUUGUAGGGUAGACCGGAGAUGGUUGUAAUGCUUUUUGCUUCAGCACCUGUAACUCACUGAACUUAUUUGCUACAAACUCAACCAGUUUUAUCCUCUGUGAGAGUGUCUUACAUCAUGAGUUGAAAUGUUGUAAUGUGCUGUGGCAAGUUGUUAGGCAUUCCUAAAAGAUGCAAAAACAGAGACCACACUGUGAUCUGCUUUGAAAAGGGGUUUACUUUAGUGAGAAACCAUCUCAGAAAAAGUGAAAGUGAUCAAACCCAAAUCUACCUUCUCUUUGACUCAAGAGUUGUGUGUGAUUGUGUAUGAGUACAUAAACUCAUCUAUGUGAACGCAAUCUCUUCACGAGUUAUAUGCAUCAUGAGUAUAAAAUAGAUAUAUCUAGUACCUAGGUGUGCAACUGGAGAAGGAGUGAGUUAACACUGAUACAGUCAUGGGACUCCUGUUAACUCUGAUAAAUUAAAUUAAAAAAUAAAUAAACACAAGGGUAAAAUAAGAGACUGACAUCAUUCUGAAAGUUUAUUGGUCUGAGCAAAGGUCAGCAGCAAGAUAUUGUGUACGAAAGCAAAAGAAGCAGGUCUACUUAAAUUAGAUUUCAUAACACUGAAACAUAAGGAUCAUAACUGGGUCACAUGUACAAUAAACCAACUUCUUAAAGCAGCUUUAAAAGUUCAACAAGUUCUGUUCAUUCUGGUGAAAUGUUCCCAAGAAAUUGCAGACAGGAACCACAACACAAAAACAUAUUCAAAUCAUUAUUUCAGUCUCCACAAAGGUAGUUCUUUUUUUUUUUACUUUACAGUAACAGCGGAAAAUAAAGCCAGAGUUGCAAUGCACUGUGCAAUAAGAAGAAAAACAGAUCCUAACUUAAGUUAUUUCUGUGACAUGACGACCCCACAAAAUACAUUUCUCCCUGUCAAUAAAAGAUUAGGAAAUGAGUGUUUUGAUUUUUGUACUUUUUGAACCAAAAGUCGGUCAUUAAGGCAGUUCAUAAAAGUUAAGCUGAUAGAUUAUAGCUUUGGCUCUUUCACACUUGCUAAAUAAGAACCAGUUUUCAUACAUGAGCUGUAAUAAAUGUGUAGCUUUAGUGCAAGCAGGGCAGUGAGUGAAGACUGUAUGAAUACUUCAUAACAAUGUGCUGCUGCUUUCUCAGGUCAUUUUGGAAGGUAAAAAAGGUGCAGAAUUCACAGUUACCAAAGUGUAACGUGUGGAAGCAGGAGGAUCUUUCCACAGUGAAGCCACCGACACAAUGUUGCAACAGACUCCGCAUAGCCAACCUCUUAGCAGUCACUAAGCUAACAUGAAGUCAUUCAAUGGUAUGAAAGUCAGAGGAAAGCAGAGUUGAUAGGGCGGGAGGCCCUUGUUGUAGUGGCAGCUAGGCAGGUAAACGUCACAAGAGGCUAUAAUAAUAUUUGAGCAGACUUGUUAAUUUUGGCUCAUGUCCAAAUACACCCACAUCCUCAGCUUCUGUGUCAUUUGAACGACUUAUGCAGCAUCUUGGUCCUUUUCAUUGUCCAUUUUGUUUCAGUCUCUCCAGCCGCUGCAGUAGAGCAUUCCCAAAAGCUUCUCUGUACCCAGGACUCAGUGUGUCCAGCAGCGAGUAAACAGUCUCAUGGUACUGAGUGCUCAAAUCCUCAUCCACUUGAUCAAAGGCGUAGCCCACCACCUGUGUGACGCAGGGAUGUGUGGUCAGACAAAGUAUGUGUUGAAGUGAGCAUAAACCAAGCAGUGACAUUGAAAAAGAAACACUUUGUAUCUUACCCUCAGUCCUGCCUCGGUGAGCUCCAGGCAGUACCGGUUCCCCUCUCUGGUUUCCACAUUUAUGUAGGCCACGUCUGAGGCACUGUUGAGACUCUGUGACACAUGCAUUUCAGCGACGGCAAAAAGUACAUCAUUGACCACGGCUUCCGCCUCCAGCCUCAUGUCUUUGACGUCGCCAAGCUCAACACAGUCCUCAUCA